AUGAAUACGACUGAGAGCUACGCGACCUUUGUUGAGGCUGCAGCGAGUCUGGACCACUACUGUGGCGUGGAAAAGUGGGCACAGGACGCACCACCGCUGGAGCACUGCAAUGCAGUCGGCCUUCUCAUCGACGCUACCGCGGCACAGCACCUCAUCCAGACGAACAACCUGCCCGGCAUGGAGACUUUCCUGUGCUCGCUGCUGAAGCGCAACGCACACGGUCUCAUGGAUGCCUCCAUUUACCGCUACUACCAUACCGCCCCGCACUGUUUGGAAGACUACACAGACAACAUUGAGUUCCUCAUCAAGGCAUACGCGGCCGGAACGUGGCGUGGCGAGUCUGCGGUGAGUGACUGCGGCGCUUCUGGGGAACGCUGCACGCCUGCAACGUCGACGGCAUCCUUGUUGCGCGAGUUGCGCCCCUGCUGGGUCCGAUUGGAGGCCAGCGCCGACGCUCAGAUGCGAUCGCCGCUGCUUGCUGGCACACGUGGGCCCGGGUGGACGUCGAAGCAGUCGAGGUCGUCUGCGGCGCUGCCGACGGUGGAUGUGACGUCCAAAAUUCAGCUCAUGUGGCAAGCGCAGUUGCGAAAGACGAUACUGACUAGCCCAGCACUGUGGACAGCCGCGACGGCGGCACCGAGCCGGCGGCACAGCAUAUCCACAUCUCUACAUGGUCUAGGGAGCAACAGCACUUCCGCGGCUUUACCACUCACAGACACGAGUACUGGAACGGCGCGCACUUCCGCCUCUACACUGCCGGGAGAAAAGGGCACUUCUCUUAUAGGAGCGGACGUCUCGCUGGUCCCAGCGACGUUGUUGCAGAGUUGUGUGAUUCCCAAGCCAUUCUACGAUGCCAUGCGUGCUGGAGAGUUUGCGAGUGCGUCAUUGCCGUCGUCGCCCCUCGUACGCUUCGAAGACACAGCUACGUUCCCGGCAGCUUCCUCGCUAUCGGCCGGGGCGUCCAAGGCGGCGUUGCCGUCAAGUGUGUCCGGCUCAGUGGCAUCAGUGCGUCCUUCGCCAGCGGUGACCCUGGCUCAGCAACUUCGCAGUUCUUGUGCAUCUCUGUGUCGCUUCCUGGACUGUGGCGCAUCAUCCUCCACACAGUCGCAACAGCACUAUCCACACCAGCAGCGCCUUUCUGUGCACCAGAGCACGGCAGCCAGCGCUGGGCAUCGCCUCCAGGUGUUGCGAAAGGUGCUGCAUUCCUAUGGUCGAACGGCGUUGGUGCUCAGCGGCGGAUCCUCUAUGGGCACCUACCACGCCGGCGUCGCCCGUGCGCUGCACGAGGCGGGUGUGUUGCCUGACAUUCUCUGUGGCUCCUCGGCCGGCUCCAUCAUCGCAGCGAUGAUCUGCACCAAGUCGCCGGAUGAGCUUCACGCCUUCAUGCAGUCCCACGUUCUUUCCACUGAGGCGAUGCACAUGUCUCCGUUCGGCGAAGACAGUGGCCUCCCAGGCAAGCUGAGACGCUUUUUCAAGACGGGCUUCUUGAUGGAUGUGCGGUCACUGAUGGAAUGCAUUCGGGGUCAGUGCGGAGACAUGACUUUUCUGGAGGCGUACCAGCUCAGCGGAAAGGUACUGAACGUCUCUGUGACACGUAGUCAGCAGGAGGGCAUGCCGUCAGAUCGACAUGUGCUGCUCAACUACUUGACGGCACCCAAUGUUCUAAUUUGGAGUGCAGUAAGUGCCAGCUGCGCCUUACCUGGCCUCUUUACAGCUGUGCAGCUGAUCGAAAAGCCCUCCGUUGGUGCUGGCACGUUUGUGCCGUACCUGCCAGGAGACCUAUGGUGCGACGGCAGCGUCGCUCAGGAUAUCCCACGACGACUGCUGAUUCAGCUCUUCGGCGUCAACUACCUCAUCGUGAGUCAGGUGAACCCGUAUGUGAUACCGUUUCUGCGGCCACCCCAGUCGUACCACAUCACCGAAACGUGCGGCUCCGGCCUCGCACGGAUGUGGUUUGCCUGGGUGGACGUGUGUGGGUGGGUGUUGACAGUUUUGUUCAGUCUGCACCUCUUUCCACGUUUUGGCCGCUUUGAGGUGCUCUUCAUGCCAUUUGCGCAGUUCUACAGCGGUGACUUGACGAUCCAGCCGAUCGACUCCGUCAUGAAGGCGGUGCCGGACUAUCUAAACCUGGUGAAUAAUCCGUCCGCUGACUACAUCAGCUACGUGGCAUCGCGGGCGCAAAGUCGAACGUGGCCCCUAGUCACACGGAUUCGCCUUGCGACAAGUAUUGAACGCUGCCUUCAACGGGAGAUACACGCCCUGGAGGCAAUGGAGUAUAGGAAUCAGACGGCUUAG